UGAUCUGCAACUCUUUCACAGAAAAUUUUGAACGAAACUCAUUCCGAAAUUCAGAUGAAGACUUACUUUAGGCCUAGAUAGCAGCAUUCAUCACUCGAUCUAGGAUUCAUUUUUUUAAACAUUCUGUAUUCAUAAUUUGAUCUGUCACUGUGUAACAAUGUUGAUUUGGAACGAGUACGUAACGAGGGCUUUGGUAUUCAUAAUCUACCAUGUUGGACUUUUGCACGCGAUGGAACAAGGAGCUGUUGUGAGAAAACGAGACCUUGUUGUUGCUACGACAGGAAAACCCGCACCUUCAACUCCAGCUACCCCUACUUGUAAAAUAUCAUCUUUAACACUUAUCGGAGAUGAUACAGAAUAUUUUGCCUGUUGCGAGGGGACGACUCUUUCUGGAUCACAAGAAGUCAUAAACUGGGAAUGCAAUCCGCUGCGUUUGACCUACGCCAGACUAAACCAGAGUGAAGCCUUCUACUGUGGGGGAAUCAGCGGUGAAGAAAAUGCCAGGAAAAGAUGCGAUGCAAGAUGGGGAUGGCUCACGGAUAAAAAGUGCUUCCAGUGGACCGAAUGUUUCAAGGAAGUUUGCCAAUUCGAAGCAGAAAUGAGAGGGUCAUCGGCCGAUGCCUCUUUCUGUGGCGAUGGUCGCUGCGACCCCGCAACCGAGUCGCACGAGGAUUGCCCCACGGAUUGCUGCCCAACGAUCAACGAUGAAUGCUUGGUCCGUAACAACACCUGUCCCGAGCCGUGUUGCUCCACGUCAUCCUGCUGCAUGGCACCGUACAGCGUCUCCAACAUCUGGUUCAUCAUCAUAGGCUCUGUCGUCGGGGUUAUCUUUCUAAUAACCGUCUGUUGUUGCUGCUGCUGCUUCUGUUGCGUUAGGAAAUGCUUACGACACGCCAGGUCGUCUUCAGAAGUUGUAUGAAUCAAAGCCUGCCGUGGAUACUGCAUGAUUGAACUUUAUACAGAACAGUUUAAUAUGACGUCACAGUGGAGGGCAUAACAAUGGAAACCUAAGCAUUAGACCAUUAUGAACAAUGAUUUAUCAAGGUUUAAUAGACUGGUUUUUUAAUUUUAAUGUUUGCCCUCCAACACGUCUGCUUCUGAGAAAGGUCGAUAUUCGAGUAAUAGUAUCGAGUUUUUGCAUUUGAAACGGGGACGGAUUUCACAACAUAGUAAAUCUAUUGAAAAUACCCGCCAAAUCAAAAUGAACGGCUUAGGGGUCUUUGUCGAAAAGUGGUGAACCGGGACCGCGGAUCGUCCAAAGAUUCGGAGCUGACGAAAAAUUGCAAAAAUAUGUCGUUUGUAAAGAGUCACGGACGACACUGCUGUUUUGAUUCACCAAUUGUCGACAAAGGCUGCUUUGUCAUGAAGGGCUUUGGGAAAUAGAUUCUCAGCGUUCCAGAAAGUGUCCGCGUAGUGUUGCGAAAACUCCCCAUUGAAAUUCAUUCACUACCUCAUUUCUGAUAUAUAGGUCAUGGAAGGCAAGUUCAUACCCACCCGUAACUAGGCCAUUCUAAUAAAUGGAUGUUUCAUGGAAUCAGACCUAUAUAGGUACAUGGAAUUCCAUUGUUAUUAUUGGGAUAUUAACGAGUUAUUGUUGAAUAAACUACAAAACAGUACAUAGGCUAGUUGUUUCGUACGCAUCUGACAGGCUUCCAGGUGAUCAAGGACAAAUUUAUUAAAUAUAUUCUACAUGUAUAACAAGUAUGUUGGUUAUAGGUUGUCGUUUUAACAAGUAUGUUGCUUGUUGGGUGUACUUUGUGGUUUAAAAAGUAUGUUGGUUAUUUGUUGUUGGUUGUAAGUUGUUUUGAUGGGAAUGUGGAGGCAGAAUCAGGAUUUCAUUGGAGGGGUCACACAAAUAUGUUUUUACUGAUAAUCAUAAAAGAAUAAAGAGGUAUUUUCACUAAACAAAAAGCUUCAUUUCUAGUGAAAAAUGUAAUGAAAAAAUAUAUAAUAACAACAACUAUGAACUGGAGCGUUGUGGCCCUAUGGAUUAGUCUCCGGACUUUGAAUCAGAGGGUCGUGGGUUCAAAUCCCAGCCAUGGCGUUGUUUUCUUCAGCAAGAAAUUAAUCCACAUUGUGCUGCACUCAACCCAGGUGAGGUGAAUGUGUGUGUGCAUUUGAGUUUUGUCAGACGUGUUUCAAUCAGAUAUGAUUACGUCUGGGACCGACCUUUAACGUCACCAUCCGAAAGACGUGACCAGGGCUCGAACCUCGAACCUCUGCAUCAAUUUGUAACUUCCCCACAUAGCUUGGAUUACAGGCGCACGCCACAACGCCCAGUUGAGGCGAAUGGGUACCUGGCAUCAUUAUUUAUUCCUUGAAAUGCCGAGCGCUGUAAAGGCUGCUUGAGCUACAGCCUCUAUAGGAGCUUCCAAAGGACUUUGAUAAUAACACUGGGUUUAGCCUGGUGGCCUGUUACAGUGCACACGUACUUCAAGUAACUAAUUCCUACCAGGUACUCAUUUACCUCACCUGGGUUGAGUGCGGCACAUAAUUGUGUUUUUCUUGAAUUUCUUGCUGAAGAGAAUUACGCCAUGGCUGGGAUUCGAACCAUGAUCCCCUGAUGCAAAGUCCGAAGACUAAUCCACUGGGCCAUAGCGCUCUGGUAAAUCACACCAAAAGGGAAGGAAAUCUUCAACCAUUUCUUUCAUUUUCUAAAGUUUGUUUUAUAUAUGGGAGGGGGCGGCUGGAUCGGUCCCUGUAUGGAAUUUUUGUGCCUUUUGAGCUACCACUGGACGUCAACAGAUUACAUUUGAUUACCUAACAACAAUUGUCAGAAAUAGAAAAUAUGAAACUUCUAAAUAUAAUAUGAAAUUGAGAGUAAAUGUUGAUUGUACAUUGUAACAUUGUAACAUAAUAAAGAUGAAUAUUGUAUUUAUAUUUUC